AUGGCUAUCUAUCUCAGUGUACACUUGCAUAAUAUUGCAUUUGUUCUUACACUUGCAUUCUUUGUCUCUAUGACCUCUUGUGCUAAUCCCUAUCAGUACUUGAUGUUCGUGCAACAAUGGCCAAAGUCGCAUGGCUUAUGGCCUUCUAAUUUUUCAGUGUAUGAACUGAAGAACUGCACUGGUGCAUAUCUUGACCUCGAAAAGAUGAAAAAUAACAAGUCAUUGCAAUCGGAGCUGGUCAAAUCUUGGCCCAAUGUGAAAGAUAAUGAUCAUAUGAAGUUUUGGGAUUCCCAGUAUAAGAAGCAUGGUAUAUGUUCGGACAAUACAUUCCCGCAGCUUGAAUAUUUCGUAGUGUCAAAUCAGAUGUGGAAAAACUACAACAUAUCCAAGAUGUUUGAAAGUUAUCCGAAAUCUCCCAUCGUACCCGGGGCAAAGUAUAACAAAUCUGACCUUUUGGCAGCAAUUAAACACGUUACUAAAUUCGACCCUAAUAUUCGUUGCAAGAACUCGAUAUUGAGUGAGGUGGUCAUCUGUUUUAACUCCAGGGGACGAGAUGUGAUCGAUUGUGAUCCAGCGAAAACCUGCAAUGCUCCGGAAAUAGAGUUCCCUGGUUGA